AUGGGAAGUGCAGAGGAAAUGCACGGAUGGACAGUAAAAAUGAGCUUGCCGAGUGUUUUGGCCAUGGUUACGGUCUUUUCAAUGAUUCCUGGCGGGGUGCUGAGCGAUAUGAGAGGUACUCAGGGUCUGGAAGCCCAACAAUUGGCCCAAGGGUCCACUCAUCUGCACCGUCGCCUGAAGAGAGGCUGGAUCUGGAAACAGCUGUUUGUCCCGGAGGAAGAUCCCACUCCUCGCGUUAUUGGCCAGCUCAAAUCCGACUAUGACCGUGGUGAGUUUUCCAUCAAGUACAUAUUAUCGGGAGAAGGGGCCGGAGAUGCGUUCGAGAUAGACGAGUAUUCUGGUGAGAUCCGGACAAUGAAGAAGCUCGACCGAGAGGAAAAGGCCUUCUACGUCCUUCAAGCCCAGGCUAUCAACAGGCAGUCCAAUGAACCAGUGGAACCCGAGUCAGAGUUCAUCAUCAAGGUGCAAGACAUCAAUGACAAUGUCCCGCAGUUCCAGAACGAACCGUAUGUGUCCAGCAUCCCCGAGAUGUGUCCAACCGGGACCACAGUGGCCCAGGUGACAGCCACAGAUGCUGAUGAUCCCAUGUUCGGAAACAACGCCAAGCUCAUCUACUCCAUCCUGCAGGGGGAGCCCUACUUCUCUGUGGAGCCGAAGACGGGGAUUAUUGUAACAUCAUGGCCAAACAUGGACCGCGAGGCCAGAGAGCAGUACCUGGUGGUGGUGCAGGUAAAGGACAUGCUCGGUCUCAGCGGCGGUUACUCCUCCACCACCACCGUCACCGUCAGCCUGACUGAUGUCAACGACAACGGACCCACUUUCCAGCACCACCUGUACACCUUUGCCGUCCCUGAAAAUGCAGCCGUGGGCACCACAGUGGGCAGGAUUAUGGCACAGGAUGGAGACACUGGCAUCAAUGCCAGAAUGACCUACAGUUUGGAGGAUGACCUGGAGGAAAGCUCCACUUUUAUCAUCAAAACAGACCCAGUGACGCAGGAGGGAGUGGUUCUGCUCGCUAAGCCUUUGGACUAUGAAGCCAAAAGACGUUUUGUGAUGCCCGCAGAGGCAGUCAAUGAUCACGUGGACACCCGUUUUCUGACUCUGGAGGAGUUCAGUGACAGGACAACGCUAAAGAUUGUUGUGGAGGACGUGGACGAGCCGCCUGUCUUCCUCUCAGCGGCCUACGAGUGGAAAGUCCCAGAAAAUGCAGCCGUGGGAACGCUGGUUGGCAUUGUUAGUGCCAGAGACACUGACACAGUCAACAAUCCCAUCAGAUAUUCGAUUGACAAAAGGAGUGAUAACACAAAAGCUUUCAAAAUAGACCCAAACAAUGGAACUAUAACUGUCGCUAAAGCUUUGGAUCGAGAGACUGCAAACUGGCACAAUGUGACUGUUGAAGCUAAGGAAACAACGCUGAACCAUUUAUCCUCCUCUGUGGUGGUGUUCAUCAAAGUGCUGGACAUAAACGACAAUGUGCCAAGGCUUGCAAGAGAUUACCAGCCAUUUAUCUGCGAGGGAACACAAGCGGGAGAACUCAUUCAGCUGCUCAGUGCUGUUGACCUGGACGACCCCGCUGAGGGACACCACUUCUACUUCUCCAUGGUCUCUGAGAAGCACAUCAAUCCAAACUUCACUAUCAGAGACAAUCAAGACAAUACAGCCGGCAUCGUGGCUCGCAGGAGUACUUUUACACGCAAGGAUCGAACCCAGUACCUCCUUCCUGUUGUGGUGACAGACAGCGGAUCUCCAGCUCUCUCCAGUACCAGCACUUUGACCAUCAAUGUGUGCAGCUGCCAGCCUGCCGGCCAUUGUCCCUCAGGGGGGGUGGAGGCCCUCGUCCUGUCGAUGGGGGUCAGCCUGCAAACCUUGUUAGGGCUACUGGUCUGCCUCAUCACGCUCUCUGUGCUGUCAGUUCUAAUGCUCAUGGUGAGGAGGCACAGGCGGAAGCAGCAGGAGGGACUGGAGGUGGAGGUGAAGGAUCUGGAGCUGCCUGAGACGGUGUCGCAGAAGGUGUUGUAUUAUGGCGAACCAAGGGGUGUUGGAGCAGCCCUGGACUUCUGUCCGCCUGUUGUCCCGUUGCGCCACCACCCCAGGAGGAGGGAGAGGAGGCUGAGGAGGGAGGAUGUCAGGGCCAGCAUACGCAUGUCUCUCAGAGAAUCCCACCUCAUCGGACCGGACGACGAUCUCUUCCGGCAGUUUAUUCUGGACAGGCUGGCAGAGGCGGAUCAGGAUCCUUACGUCCCCCCAUUCGACUGCCUAAGAAUUUAUGCAUAUGAGGGGUCGGGGUCGCCCACGGGGUCCCUGAGCUCGCUGGAGUCAUCUGAUUUGGAGCUUGAACCUGAGCAACCUGUUUGUAAUCCCAGACCCUCCAUGGUUAGACUCUCCCCGUGGUAUGGGGGAGGAGAGGAAGACACCAUCUUCUGA